GUUCAGUUGUAAGCGUGCACUGUAAGGAAGAGGCGGGAUUUGUGCUCAACGUUUUUUUUUUCCAAAGUGACAUUUUUAUUAAGUUUUUAUGAACAUUUAGUAGUGUGCAAAAAGAUUAUUUCAUAGUAUUUAACAGAGAGAACAAUUACAGAAACACAGCUGACAAGUGUGUUCUGAAACGUUAACGUAUAUGGCAGCGGUGGUAGGACUACAUCGUCAGAGUGUCAAUGUGAAAGAGAACUUCUGAAGAGAGCAGAGUAUCCAAACUUUUGAAAUAUCAAUCAGGAAGUGUCGUGGACGGUGUUCUGUAGCUAGUACGCUAUCUUGCGAACAGCAGAAGUCUGCCAGAAUUGGUCGACGUGUCUCGACCUACUUAUUCAGUCGACUGCGCAGUGCAGCACAUAACCUCAGUAUUCAUCAACUGAUUUAAUCUCGGUACAGUGCAGUCUCAUUCCGUGUGUAUAUGACUUAAGUGAGUUUUUUCUGUUUAUGAAAGAACAAGAAGAAGGUGUAAUGUGACAACCAUGGCAGGAAUAUAUAUAUCUGAUUAAAGUAUUUCAGAAUCUUCCCCAAAGUGUUGUGUAUUCCUUUGAGGGCCUGUUAAUUUAAGUGACAGCCACAAUAUGGGAGUACAUAAAAACGCUGAACACGAGAGUGGAUAUUUUGAAGACGAGGAAGAGGGUGAAGAAGUUUCAAGGAGGCUGAUUUGUGUAAAUAGUAAUAGGAAGAUUAUCAGGGAUAAGUCGGAUGAUAACCAUGCGGAAAUAAGUUUUGAAGGACGCAUCAAACCCGAAAAGAAACUGAAUCUGACCGGGACUGGCAGAGUCGAUAUGUCCAAUUUCGAUAUGCUACGAGUUCUGGGAACCGGAGCGUAUGGAAAAGUGUUCCUGGUGCGGAAGAGGGGUGGCGUUGAUCACGGGCGUCUCUACGCCAUGAAGGUGUUAACCAAAGCUAGUAUUAUUCAGAAGAAGAAGACCACCGAACACACAAAAACUGAGCGUCAGGUGUUGGAGGCAGUACGCCAGUCACCUUUUCUCGUCACCCUCCACUACGCUUUCCAGACUGACGCCAAACUACACCUUAUUCUCGAUUACGUGAGUGGAGGGGAACUCUUCACACACCUCUACCGCCGGGAAAAAUUUACAGAAGAUGAAGUGAGAUUUUACAUUGGCGAAAUAAUAUUGGCGCUGGAACAUCUUCACAAGCUUGGCGUCAUAUAUCGGGAUAUUAAGCUGGAGAACGUUUUGGUUGACUCAGAUGGACAUAUAGUCCUGACAGACUUUGGUCUCAGCAAGGAAUUCCUCCCACAUGAGAAGGAGCAUCGAGCAUACUCCUUCUGUGGUACAAUCGAGUACAUGGCCCCGGAAGUAGUUCGGGCAGGUGCCUCUGGCCAUGAUAUGGCAGUUGAUUGGUGGAGCAUUGGGGUUCUCACGUAUGAACUCCUGACAGGGGCAUCUCCUUUUGCUGUUGAUGGAGCUACAAAUUCUCAGCAAGAAAUAUGUCGCCGAAUACUAAUGACAAAUCCUCCCAUCCCAGAUGAUUUGUCUGCUGAUGUGACAGAUUUCAUCUUAAAACUGUUAGUGAAGGAUCCACGAAAGCGUUUAGGAGGAGGAGAAGAGGAUUCUGAGGAACUUAAAAGGCAUCCAUUCUUCAAAGGCAUGAACUGGACUGAUCUGGAAAAGAAAGCAGUUCCAGCACCGUUUACACCCAGGUUAGCAAAUGAGUUGGAUGUGAGCAACUUUUCUGAAGAAUUCACCAGGAUGAUUCCUGCUGACUCACCUGAUGUUGUACCUCCAAACUUUGACAAGAUAUUCAGGGGGUAUUCAUAUGUGUCACCAUCGAUCCUUUUUAGUGAAAAUGUAGUGAGUGAUGAGCUCCUGAAGCAUACUGCAGAUAGUUGCCUGAACUCAGAAAAUCUUUUAACUUGCAAAUUUGGGAAAUCUCCGUUCUUUGAGAACUAUGAACUCGACCUCAAAGAAGGCAUACUUGGAGAUGGAAGUUUCUCAGUGUGCCGCAAGUGUACAAAUAGACAGACAGGGCAAGAAUUUGCAGUUAAAAUAGUGACUCGCAAGAUUGACUGCACAAGAGAAAUAAAUUUACUUCGAGCCUGCCAGGGCCAUCCAAAUAUUGUCAGUCUCCAUGAAGUGUAUUAUGAUGAGGUUCAUACAUACCUUGUCUUGGAGCUAUUACAUGGUGGUGAACUACUAGAGAGAAUUAGGAAAAAGGAUAGAUUCACCGAGAGUGAGGCAAGCCAGAUUAUGAGGAAACUCAUCUCAGCUGUCAACUUCAUGCACUCUCGUGGGGUUGUGCACCGAGAUCUCAAGCCUGAGAAUCUUCUUUUCACUGAUGAUUCAGAGCAGGCUGAUAUCAAGAUUGUUGAUUUUGGAUUUGCGGGACUGAAGCAAGAGAAAGAGCCGAUGCACACACCUUGCUUUACUUUGCAUUAUGCUGCCCCUGAAGUGCUUAAAGAGGCAUUCAGUAAUGGUACUGAUGGGUAUGAUGAGAACUGUGAUCUGUGGAGCCUGGGUGUGAUCUUGUACACCAUGUUAUCUGGGCGUGCCCCUUUCCAUGCUCGAUCAAGAGAUGACAGUGCAGCAGCUGUGAUGGCCAGGAUCAAAGGGGGAGAAUUCAGUUUUCAUGCUGAUGCGUGGAAUCACGUUUCAGCAGAAGCAAAAUAUGUGACCAAAGGUCUUCUCACAGUUGAUCCGAAGAAGAGACUGAGAAUGAGUGAUCUCAACAGCAACGAAUGGUUACAAGGAAAUAAUGUGAAACUGUACUCUUCAACACCGCUUAUGACUCCAGAUAUCCUGACUACUGGAUCCUCAGCUCGUUCAGCAGAGAUAGGUGUAAAGCAGACAUUUAAUGCUUUCCAUCAGGCUCAUCGGGAAGGAUUCAGACUGCAGGAUGUUAUGAAUGCUAAGCUGGCACAGAGGAGGCGGAUGAAGAAGUCGUCAACUGAUGCACGUAGCUGUUCUACUUCUAGCAGUUUUUCUACCUCUAGUUCCUCAGGUACCUCUUCUAUCCAGACACCACUGAAGGUGAAUACUUCUGGGUCAUCAUCUGUAAGUGGCCGAGUAUUUAAACAUAAACACGCUAGUAGUUCACAGGAAGACAGUGGAAAAAUCUUCAGUUUUCGGGAUGCACAUGUACGUGAAUAUCUGUCCAGCCUUUCAUCAGAGGAUUCUAGCAGCUCCUGCAGGUGCUCUGCUGAUGGGCCAAAAUACCUCACUGGAGGAUCUUCUGUGGAGGCACAUCCAGUCACUAGUUUCUCUCCAAAACGGAAAAAGGUGGCAGGGCCUGAAGAAGUGGUUCCUUUGUUUGAAGACAUUUCAAGCCAUGGAAGUGUGGAAGUGAUAAAUCAUGUCCCAGGUGAUGCAUGUGGUGAAGCAGGUGAAACAGUCACUACAGAUAAAGAUGCAGCAUCUCUCUGCAUUCUAUAUGAAUCACAGCAGAGUAAGCCAGAUGCUGGCCUUUUGAAAGAAGACUCAAAACACCUGCAAUGUGAUAGUGACUGCAUGUUAGUAUCUGUUCUUGGUAGUCAUUCCAGUGAUAGGUUGGAAGGACCAUUAACACGAUCCAGAAAACGACAAAUUAACGAUUCAGCCAAUUCAAAUUGUGUAGGUAAUGGCAGUUGUAAUGGUGAUAGUGGUGAGGAUGGUAAAACUGUGAAACGCAGGAAGUACGAAAUGAAGCAACGCUAUGGACACCGACAUCGCCGUGGAGGUAAAAGGGUCAAGCGAAUCUCUACUGUUGUUAUUGAGUGAAUUAUCUGCACGACAAAGAGCAAGGACAAAUCUAUGUUUAGUUUGUUAGUGUAAGAGUUGUAUGGCAAAGUACAAGAACAAUUUAAUGUUUAUUUCUUAAUGUAAAAGUCCAGAAACAGGGCAUGUGUAAUAAAACUAUAGUGCUUUAUUGUUCCAUUAUCCAUUAAUAAAGAGAGAUAUUUUUAAAAAUGGAAGAACUUAAAUGUCUUACAUCACUGCACAUACAAGCACAUACAAAUAUCUUUUUGUACCUAUUUUAAUGUAAUGAAAUGUCAUAAUAUACAUAUUUUUUGUAAGAAACUAGUCGAAACGCACAACAGAGAACUCUGUACUUCGGGGCAGGACUAUUGUAUUGUGACUUUUUUAUGUAUAUAAGACUGCAUCCUGUUUGUGUCCAUCAUUGAAGGUUUCUGGAUUAGCCAUCACACAAACUAUGUUAAAACUUUACAGUUAAAUUUUUUUCUCUUUGUUUUGUUUUUGUCUCACACAUGUUCUGACUGCAAUGCAGUCAUCAGGUGCCAGAACACAAAUUUAUUAACGUCUACACUGUAAUGCAAGGAACAAUAAAAAUGUAUGUAACUGGGUGAAAGUGCAAAGUGAAAAAUUUUUGUUAGAUCCAACUAAACUGCAUAAGUAUGUAUAUUAAUGAAUAGUUCCCAUCUUGUAUUAUACAGUAUUUUGUUUCUGAAUUCUGCUGGGCCCUCUGUUUUCUUAUAUUUUGUUCUACUUCCAGAUACCUAGUCCAAGACAGAUUUAUAAUUCAAUGUUAUAGGUCCUUCAAUUUUUGGUGUGAAUCUUUAUCAGACUAUGCAGAAAUAUGUGGCACUGAAUAUUAGAAGUCAGCAGGUCUUCAGUGCAAAUAAACUUUGGUGAUAAAGGUGGAAAUUCACUUAACAGUAAGGAUCUGAAGUUGUGGGCUAAAGUGGUGACAUUGUGUUUUGUAUAAAUAACCAAAUUUGAAAACUUUAUGUAAGAGAUGUUGUGGGAUCUUUGGUGUGUGGAAGAAGAAUGAAAUGGGAGUAUAAAUUAUUUUGUUAUAUUGUCACUUACUGUGAGUGGAUGGUGUCAUAUUCUGAGUACCAGGACUGAAGUAUAGGUGUAAUGGAAUGGAUAUUCUUGUGGCAAUGUAGUCUGUAAGGAAGUGAUGACUGAUAGGAAAUGUUAGGUAGUGGGUAGAGGUGAGGAGUAAUUUUUCUUCUAGAUAGAAUGAUUGUUGACUGAUAGACUGAUGAUGCUACAUAUUGGAUUUUUCAUAUCAGAAAAUAGACGGAUUAAGGCGGUUACCUUGUUGGCAAAUUUUAUAAAUUCAGUAUUUUUCUAAGGCGUUCGUAUAAGCUCCUUUCUUUGUUGUAUGAAGUAUUUGUACAGUGUCUUUAGGGGGCUAUACGAAUUUCCUUUUUCUUGAAUGUGUUAAAUGAAUUUUGAAUUUAUUUUGUGUAAUAACACAAAUAUGUUAACUAAAUCUAAUUUUAAAGUUUCCACCGGUCUGUCCUACAUGUAUUUUGGAGUAUUCACACUAUUUAUACUUAUGUACAGUUUAAGUUAGAUAUGAUAUAAAUUAUUCUGUAUAAACUUUUAUCCAUUUACAUAUAUUUUUAUCAUUCCUUGCAUUACAGUGUAGAUUCUAAUACAUUUGUGUUUUGGCAUCUGAUGAUUGCUUUUUAGCUGAGACAUUCAGUGUGAGAUAACAUAAAAAAUAAUAAAACUAUGAAGUUUUAACAUUAAUUUGAACGAUGGCUGAUUCAAAAACCUUGAAUGCUGUAUUGUAACUUUUAGUAAACAAGAAUGUAUUCCAAAGAUAUAUAAGUUUAGGUGACAGGUUCUUAUUUUUGUUUAUCUUUAAGCAGUUUGCAUUUUCUUUAGUUUAAGGUUCACUGUUUAAACUGCUUGUUAACAUAAAACAAGUAUGUAACUGUAAAUAUUACAUGAAACACAGUCUGGAUUGCAAGAGAUUCUGGUUCAACAUAUGAUGAAUGGUUAUAAUGAGAAGUACAUGUAAGGAAUAGAGUUGAACCGUUUGAAUCUUUUCCCUGGAAAUUCAGUUUUGUAUUGUUACAUAUUUUUGCAUCUUCAAAUUGUAUUUCUUAAUACAUUUGUUUUAAGUAAAGACAGUAAACUUUUGGGAAGUUGGUGGGGAAGAAUUUAUAAAUAAUUUUCAUGCACCUAGUUAAACUCUGAGAAUUCUGUUCCAGUACUCUAGCUGAAUGAUGUCUACCAGUCAAGUAGAAUUUAUGAUAUAUUUUUGUUGCUUGUUAGUUUGAUUGCAUAUUAGUCAUAUUUGUUAAUUUUUUUUUUUAAAUUUAAAGAUAAAGGGGCUCAGGGCAAGCAAUAUACUAACCCACUGAAUACACAUUUUGGAAAUUUAAUAGUUAAUUUACUGAUAAUGGAGCAUCAAUGAGUUUUUCCCCAUGGCAGUUAAUGUGUUGGUGUAGAAAAGCUAUAGUGGUAAUUUUUAACACAACAGAGCAAUUGUUUCUCUCUCAUAAUUAGUUUAUAUACAUUUAAAUCCUGGAGAGAUGCAGUUUUUUUGAAAGAGACCAUAUUAUUGGCCAGCUGUAACUGAAAUUUAAGUAUAAUUUUUUCUUCAUAAAACUUGCAAAUAAUAUGUAAAUUAAAAUAUGUAUACACAUAACACCAUUUUAAAAAAUUUUGGGUAUAUAAGAAUAGUGCAAAUACAUAGAUGUAUGAACACAUUUCUCUAAUGACAUUUGAUAUUUACAGAGCUGCAUGUACUUUUGGAAGUCUGUUUUGUGUUUUAAGCAAAUACUGACAUUUCCAUCAACUAUGAAUAGCCUGUUGAUGAAUCAGUGACAUUUCAGCAAAGCAAAGUGUCAUGAAAAUGUGACACUACUUACAGGAUACAGCUCCAUUAGGUAGCUAUGGCUUUAACCAGGGUGGCCUUAUCAGGCAUUAGCCUGGAUGUGCAAAUAGGACAUACGAGUAAAUAAGAUCUUUUGCUAUGUGUGCAAAACCAUCAAUAAAAGUGUUAAAACAUUUUAAUUCAUAACAGAAAGUGUGAUAACAGAAGUUUCGAUAGUGGUUAGUACGUGAAAGUGAGUCAAUUAUUUUCAAAUGUUGCCUUUGUGGAAGUCAUUCAAGAGACAGGUAUGAAAAAAAUCUUAAGAUAAAGCAAUAUUUUUAAGUCUCAUCCCAAUGAAUGGUAUUUAUAUGCAAAAUGAUGGCUGUAGUUGUACCCAUUCUGAACUGAGGUGAUGGAUACACAACCAAUGUCAUUGGUUUGCCUUAAUAUUUUCGUGUCUCAACUGUGAUUUAGAAUGAAUGCAAGUCACAUUACAAGAAACAUGUCCUAGUUUGUGGAUAAGUAAGAAGUAUUUUGUAAAAAGAAUUUAAAUUAAAAUUAUUGUGUGACUGAGUCAGGAAUGCAUAUGGAAUUUCAUGUAUUUGGUUGGGGUCACUGUAGCUGACUCCUCCCAACUGAAGCAUAAGAUGGGCAAAGUUGCCAUCUGUCUCUCACUGGUAUUUAUUAUUUUCAAAAACUGAAUAAUAUAUAAUAUAAUAUAAUAUAGCAUAAUAUAUGGAUUAAAGUUUGAUCUUAAAAUGUUAUGUAUAUAUGAUAGAUGUUGGGAUUUAAAAUAAAAUGUUAUAUAUAAUUCAUAAUGAA